AUGGAUCUCGCCAACACCCUAAUCCGGACGGUGGCCCGCUCCUUCUACGAGACUCGCCACAUUCUCGUGAUCGAUGCGCUCUUCAUCCAUUCGGUGCUUCAUGCCGAAGAUCUUGCGUUCCUUCUAGGAAUGCAACAGAAAGAUCUGCGCAAACUUUGCGCCAAACUGCGCGAAGAUCGCCUGAUCGCAGUUAACACACGAGCCGAGAUUCGCGAUGGAUCGACCCGCCCCGUUAACCGGGAAUACUACUACAUCCCGCUGCAUCCGGUUGUCGACGCAAUCAAAUACAAGGUCUCCAAAUUGACGUCGACCAUCAAACUGCAAUAUACGCCGAGUCAGGAACGCAAGGAAUAUAUUUGCUUGCGAUGCGGGUCCGAGUGGACGGAGUUGGACGUUCUCAGUCUGUAUUCGGACGAGGGCUUUGAGUGUCAGAACUGCGGAGCUAUCCUCGAGCGCACAGAGGACGUCAAAGGAAGCGAGGGUAUCGACCGUACGGGCCACGAGAAGAAUAGCAAACUCAUGGCGCAGCUGGAUGGGAUGCUAAAGCUGCUUAAGCAAAUUGACUCCGUUGAGAUCCCUCCCAACGACUUCGAUACCGCUUGGGACCACAAGGUCGAUGUCGUCCGGAAUCAGCACACCAAUCCCACAAGAGCCGCGGUUGUUGUCCCAUCCAAGAAGCAAGAAGCCGUCCGUGGUAACCUAAAGACGGACACCGCCGCACUUGAAAUAUCCUUAACCUCAACGGAAGAAAAGAGCGCCGCGGAGCAAAAAGAAGAGGCGGCCCGCAAGGCGGCUCUGGAGAAACAAAACGCUCUUCCCGUAUGGCACACCCACUCCACAGUCUCCACUACAGCUGGAAACGUCGGUGCCAUCAAAAGCGAGAGCGACAUCAAAAUUAAACCUGAGCUCAAGGAGGAAGAAGACCAGAAGCCCAACCUUGUCGACCUCGACGACAAAGUCGCCGCCUAUUAUGCUGAGAUGGAGCGCGAAAAGGCCCUCCAGGCACAAGAAGACGCCAGCAGCGUGGACGAAGACUCGGACGAGUUCGACGAGUUUGAAGACGUCGGCGUUUCUGCAUCUGCUAGUGAUACCGCUUCGCCGGCAGUUGGAGGUGUGAAUGGUUCUGCCCCGACUAGUGCUCCUACUGCUGGUAUAAAGCGGGAGCUUGAUACGGAUUCUGGGACGAGUGCGCCGCAGACGGCAAACGGGACGCCUUCGACGCCAGCGGAUGAGGGCCCCGCCGCGAAGAAGAUCAAGAGUGAGCCGGACGUUGAGAUCAAAAAGGAGGAAUCUGAUGAGGAUGAUGAGGAGUUUGAAGACGUUUAG